CCUUGGCUGACCGGUUCGUUUUCAUUUUCUCAUAAGCUCUGGGUAGUGAAGGCUGUGGAGAGUUUUGAGCACAUAACUAUUUGAGGAACAACAGAAAAGACUAAGAAGAGGCAUACAAAAAGCAGGAGAAACAAAAUGUCUGACCUGAGGAUGGUGCUGGUUGGCAAGAGUGGAGCAGGAAAGAGCGCGUCAGGAAAUACCAUCCUGGGGAAGGAAGAUUUUAUAGAGGAUGAUUCCGCUGACUCUGUUACCAUGGUUUCAUCAAAGCAGAGUGCAGAGCAUUCUGGAAGGCAGUUCUCUGUGAUUGACACACCUGGGCUUUUCGGCACAUCCAUGGAUGAAGAACAAGUGAAAAAACAAAUAGACGAGUGCAUCCGUCUGUCUGUCCCAGGACCCCACGCGUUUCUGCUGGUAGUCAGGUUGGGCAGAUUCACACAGGAAGAUAAAUCUGCUGUGCAGUGGAUCCAGAAGCACUUUGGGGAAGAAGCCUCAUGGUACACAAUGGUGCUGUUCACAGGUGCCGAUCAGAUAAAGAAAAAAUCGGUGGAAGAGUUUCUGAACGGUUCCACGCUACUUCAGGAACUAAUUAAUUGCUGUGGUAGAAGAUAUCAUAUCUUCAAUAAUGAUGAUGAACAGAACCUCACUCAGGUUACCGAGCUGAUGCAGAAAAUAGAGAAGAUGGUGAAGGAGAAUGGAGGAGAACACUACACCAAUGAGAUGUACAAGGAGGCUGAGAGAAAGAUCAGAGAGGAGGAGACGAAUAGGUGCAAAGCUGAAAAAUGGGCAAAUGCAAAGAAAUAUGGGACAGGAGCUAUUAUGGGGGCCGUGGCUAUAGGAGGAAUUGCAGCAGCUUCUCCAAAAGCACUUCGGUUAGCCAAUACAGCUGGAGCAGCAAUGUUAGACAUAUAA